AUGAGAACAGAACCAACCCGGGGCAACCGCAAGUCUUACACUGCAGCAACAACACAGGGCAACCGCAAGUCUUACACUGCAGCAACAACACAAAGCAACAACAAGUCUUACACGGCAGCAACAACAAGUCUUACACGGCAGCAACAACACAAAGCAACAAUAAGUCUUACACAGCAGCAACAACACAAAGCAACAACAAUUCUUACACGGCAGCAACAACACAGGGCAAGACCAAGUCUUACACUGCAGCAGCAACACAGGGCAACAACAACACAAAGCAACAACAAGCCUUACACGGCAGCAACAACACAAAGCAACAACAAGUCUUACACGGCAGCAACAACACAAAGCAACAACAGGUCUUACACGGCAGCAACAACACAAAGCAAGAACAAGUCUUACACGGCAGCAACAACACAAAACAACAACAAGUCUUACACGGCAGCAACAACACAGGGCAAGACCAAGUCUUACACUGCAGCAGCAACACAGGGCAACAACAACACAAAGCAACAACAAGUCUUACACGGCAGCAACAACACAAUGCAACAACAAGUCUUACACUGCAGCAGCAACACAGGACAACAAGUCUUACACUGCAGCAGCAACACAGGGCAACAACAAGUCUUACACUGCAGCAGCAACACAGGGCAACAGCUAGUCUUACACGGCAGCAACAACACAAGGCAACAGCAGUCUUACAUGGCAGCAACAACACAAGGCAACAGCAAAUCUUACGCUGCAGCAACAACACAGGGCAACAACAAGUCUUACACUGCAGCAACAACACAGGACAACAACAAGUAUUACACUGCAGCAACAGCAAGUCUUACACUGCAGCAACAACACAGGGCAACAGCAAGUCAUAGACUGCAGCAACAACACAAGGCAACAGCAAGUCUUACAUUGCAGCAACAACACACUUACACUGCAGCAUUUACAAAAUAUGAAAUUCGUUCUGCCCGUUUCUGCUUCAGCUGUAAUGGACAUGAUUUUGAGAUCGUUAUUGAUAAACAUUGA